UUUCUUCUGCUCAGGCCAUGGUUUUGUGCAGCCAAAUCAUCGCCCAAUAAUUCAGCUAUUUUACAUUCCUGUGAGAAAUAACUAAACAAUCGACAAACGACAAAAGCACGAAAAAGGAUCGAAGCAGACGCAGCGUGGGUGGCUUGGAGAGGAGGUCUUCUAAAGCAUCGCAGAGCGGACGCCGUUUUCCUCCGCCUCUCCCAGCUGACACAGGCCGGCAUGGUGCACCAGCCCCGUCCGACCGUCCCAAAGCUGCCGGACCCGAUCCGUCUCUGUGAUCGGAUGUGGCUCAUCGGCGGCGCAGCCGAGCGCAACCCGCAGUCUCCCAGGGGGUGGAGGAAUCGCGACCCCGACGGCGUCGGGCUUGGCAUCGCGGUGGCGCUCGAGAAGGCCGGCGGGGACAGCCCCAGGUGGCUCCGCGUGACGGCCCCCAUUGCGAUCCGUUCUCCGAGAGCGAGCGGUCCUCAAGUGGCCGGGCCGGGGUGCAGCGGCGAAUUGCACCGGAAGCGACCAGCUUCUUGCCGCUUGCCGCCACCGGCCGCAGAACAUUUUGGGGUCGCCGACUUCCUCAGCAGUUGCUUCCUGUGCAGGAAGAAUCUACAUGGGAAAGAUAUCUUCAUGUACAGAGAGAAGGCAUUCUGCAGCUCGGAGUGCCGAUACCGGCAGAUCACGAGCGACGAGUACCAGGAGAAACGCGGCGCUGGAGCCCCGAAGCCGUCGGAGGAGAUCGCCACCUCCCCCUACUCCGGCGAUCAAUUCUUCUUUACGUGCAUCGUGGUGUCAUAAACACGAGAAUGUCGACAUGUAGAGAAAGCUUUCUGAUGAGUUUAAUGCGUAGAUACUGAGUAUAGAAACUACUGUUCACGAAGAUUGUGACGUCUCAGCACAUAACGAUCCUUCACAGAUAAACUGGUAAGAACAGAUACUACACUUGAUCUCAGCCAAAAGGCCGAAAUAAGUACGAGUUACUGGGACGCACUGAGACCCAUUUUAUA